AUGCGUCUACUGCCCCGACUUCCGCCUCCUGUUUUACACAGCAAUUACAGCAGCACCGGCUGCGGCUACAGCCGCCCCCUGGGCGGCGACACAGCGGGUGACUACAGCGAGUCAUCGGGUGACGCCGGCGACGGCGGCGGCGGGGCGGGCGCGACGGUCUGGAACGUGCGGCAGCUGGGGAGGCACCCUGAAACUGGCGAGCAGCUGGCCGUGCGGAAGGGACCCUACGGGCUCUACGUGCAGGCGACCGGCGACCCCUCGGCCACCGGCGCCUCCAAGCCCCCCACCCGCAACGCGGCCCUGCCGGCCGGGGCCACCUUUGCUGACGUCACGCUGGAGUCGGCCGCCGCGGCCCUAGCCGGCCCACUGCCGCUGGGGCCGCACCCGGAAGACGGGGAGGCGGUGAAGCUGCACAGCAGCGGGCGGUUCGGGCCGUACCUGCAGCACAGGACGCUGCUCGCCUCAAUACCCAAGGGCAGGCUGAGUGUGCAUGUGGAAUUUCUGCCGGGCUUGGCCUCGUAA